CCAUUUGCCCCAAAUUCUAGGGUUUGCGUUGCAGAGAUCAUCCACAAUGUCUCAGAACGGCAAGCUCAUGCCCAAUCUGGACCAGCAGAGCACCCGGCAUCUCAACCUUACUGUUCUUCAACGAAUCGAUCCCUUCGUCGAGGAAAUUCUCAUCACCGCCGCUCAUGUCACCUUCUACGAAUUCAACAUCGACCUUAGCCAAUGGAGCCGCAAGGACGUUGAGGGAUCUCUUUUCGUUGUCAAGAGGAAUACUCAGCCACGAUUUCAGUUUAUAGUGAUGAAUCGUCGCAAUACUGAAAAUUUGGUGGAGAAUCUGCUUGGAGAUUUUGAGUAUGAAGUUCAGAUUCCAUAUCUGCUUUAUAGAAAUGCUACUCAAGAAGUGAAUGGCAUCUGGUUUUAUAAUGCACGUGAAUGUGAAGAGGUUGCAAAUCUUUUUAACAGGAUUCUUAACGCCUAUUCGAAGGUGCCUCAAAAGUCAAAGUUGUCUUCGACAAAGAGUGAGUUUGAGGAACUGGAGGCAGUACCAACUAUGGCAGUUAUGGAUGGACCCCUGGAGCCGUCACCAUCUUCUACUUCCAAUCCGGUUGAUGUUCCUGAUGAUCCUUCCUUUGUGAACUUCUUCAGUACAGCUUUGACCGUUGGGAAUUUGACUAGUGCUCCAAUCUCUGGACAGUCUUACCAAUCUUCUCAUACGGUUCCUUCUCUUUCUGUGCCCACGAAUGCUGCUACAUCCACUGUGCCAACCUUGCAGAUACCUGCUCUAUCAGCAACUACACCUCUAAUGUCCCUCCACAACACUCCUGAAGCUGGUAGCAACAACCUAGCCACAAAUCUUGUGAAGCCAUCUUCCUUUUUUGUUCCUCCCCCUUCCUCUUCAACGCUGAUGGUCCCUCCUGCGCCUGCAUCCAAUCCAGCGGCCCCUCCACUUCAGUCUGCUGUUAGCAUACAACGCCCACUUGGUACUCCCCUGCUACAACCAUUUCCACCUCCAAAUCCUCCGCCAUCUCUUACUCCUGCUUCCGUUCCUCCUUCAAACUAUGGGCCAGUGAUUACCAGGGAAAAGGUUCGAGAUGCGCUUCUAGUGCUUGUUCAGAUUGUUGUCCGUUUUUCUUCUCGUCCAUUCUCGUGUAUCCUAACUGUGCUGUGCGCUACUGCUAGGACAACCAAUUCAUUGAUAUGGUCUAUAGAGCGCUGCUGAAUGCUCACCAAUAAUCACUUUUAAGAGGUGUUAAACCAUCAACUUGCUAGAGGCGUUGUUUUUGGCACUUCACAUCUGCUCUGUUAUUUUUUAGGCCAGGUUUUAAUCAUUAUGUACAAGCCUUUGAAUGUCAGUAAAGUAUCUCAAUUUGUAAUAUUGGUUGUACAAGCUGCUGAUGUCCGCGUGCGUCUUUGCUAGUUUUCUGAAUGUCGCCAUAUUUUGAGACAGACGUGGCGUAUUGUAUUUUUUUAAAAAAAAAAAUUACAGAAGUAUAUAUACAUAAGUUGAAUUUAUUGGUGACA